AUGGUGGCAUCUGGUGACGGCUUCCCGUGGCUGGAGGCCGUGGCCGUCUUCAACACUGCUGUAUUCUUGGUACACACCUACCUGGACACUCGCCAGCAACAUGCGCUGCGGCUGCCAGCGCCGCCGCCAGUGGUGGCCCAUCUGUACAGUAAAGAGGAGUUUGAGAAGAAGCGGGCUUACAACCAGGACAAGCUGCGCUACAGCAUGGUGCACGGCCAGUGGGACUUCGUGCUCAACACCGGCCUGCUGCUGGCGGGCUUCCUGCCCGCCACCUGGCGUCUGGCGGGCGCCCUGCUGGCGCGGUGGGGCUGGGACGGCGAGAUCCCGCAGACCGUUGCCUGGGUGCUGAUCCAGGCCUGCCUCUCGCUGGUGCUGGGCCUGCCCUGGUCUGCCUACGCCACAUUCGUGCUGGAGGCGCGCCACGGAUUCAACAAGACCAGCCCCAAGACUUUCCUCCUGGAUGCCGCCAAGUCGGCGCUGCUGGGCUGCCUGCUGCUGCCGCCGGUGGUGGCGGGCUUCACGUACAUCCUGCAGCGCAGCUCGCCCUACGUGGGGCUCUACCUGUGGGCCUUCCUCCUGGCCCUCUCCCUCUUCGCCGUCACCGCGUACCCCACCCUCAUCGCCCCGCUGUUCAACACCUUCCAGCCGCUGGAGGCGGGGCCGCUGCGGGAGGGGAUCGAGGAGCUGGCGGCCUCGCUGGCCUUCCCCCUCAGGAAGCUGUUUGUCAUCGACGGCUCCACGCGCUCAGCACACUCCAACGCAUACAUGUACGGCUUUGGCUCCAACAAGCGCAUCGUCCUGUACGACACGCUGAUACAGCAGUGCAGCCGCGAGCAGGUGGUGGCUGUGCUGGCGCACGAGCUGGGGCACUGGAAGCUGCGGCACAUGCCCAAGCUGCUGGCGGCGCACCAGGCGGUGUCGCUGGUGCAGCUGCUGCUCUUCACGCUGGUGCGCACCAGCCCCUCCCUCUUCGCCUCCUUUGGCUUCCCCGCCGGCCAGCAGCCCGCGCUGGGCGCCUUCCUGCUGUUCAACGCCGUCAUUGGGCCCUUCGACGAGGUGCUGGGCCUGCUGAGCAACCUGCUGAGCCGGCGGUUUGAGUUCCAGGCCGACGCGUUU